AACAUCAUGCAGAGAAAUGAAAAUCCUGCAGGAUUCCUGUAGGGUUUUGUUUGUAAGGGUACUCUGUCUUAUUGAAAAUCUGCACAAUAUUUACACAAUUAAAUUAAACACAGGUCACAGAAUGUCGAGACUCACUGCUGGUCCUCACCGGUGCUCUGGGAGAGUGGAGGUGCUUCAUGGACGUACCUGGUUCACAGUGUGUGAUGCUGACUUUGACCAGCAGGAUGCAGAGGUUGUGUGUCAAGAGCUGAGCUGUGGGAUUCCUGUGAAAGUGCGGGGAUCAGCUGCUUUUGGCCGAGGGGAGGGUCAGGUGUGGACAGAGGAGCUUCAGUGUAGAGGAAAUGAAUCUGAGAUUACCUUAUGUCCAACAUCAUCUUCACUCAAACACUCAACCUGCUCCCAUUACAACGAUGUGGGAUUAAUAUGUUCUGGUCACACAGGGGCGCGGCUGGUGAACGGACCGGACUCCUGCUCUGGUCAAGUGGAGCUCCAGUACCUCAGUGAGUGGGGCACAGUUUGUGCUGUAGGCUGGGAUAUGAGAGCUGCAGAUGUUCUCUGUGCACAGCUGGGUUGUGGGAGUGCUGUAGCUGUGGUGGAGGUGGACUGGUUUGGGGAGGGGAGUGGCCACAUCUGGGCUGAUGUGUUUGACUGUCAGGGGAAGGACACACACCUAUCACAAUGUAACAUCUCAUCAUGGAGUCGAGCUGCAUGCUCUCAUAAACACGAUGCUGGAGUCAUCUGUAAUGGAUCAUCCGUGGCGUUUCAUGAGGGGCGAGUGCGGUUGUCUGGAGGGAGCGAGUGUCAGGGGGAGGUGGAGAUUUAUUUCAGGCAGGACUGGAGGAGAGUUCUCCUGGACUCGUGGAGUCUGUCUGAGGCGUCUGUGCUCUGCAGACAGCUGGGCUGUGGCUCCGUGCUGAACUACCGCUCCUCUCCAUCCACCACUGAACACAAACACAUGUGUGUAACGGGUUUCAGCUGCUCUGGGAGUGAAGCUCAUCUGGGGAACUGCAGCAGUGCACAACCUGUCAACUGCAGCUCCGGGGAACAGCUGUACAUCACCUGCUCAGACCCCAGCUCCAUCAGGCUGGUUGGUUCUGGGGGAGACUGUGCAGGAAGGCUGGAGGUUUUCCACAGCGGCUCGUGGGGGACAGUGUGUGAUGACUCGUGGGAUAUUGAGGAUGCGCAAGUGGUGUGCAGACAGCUGCAGUGUGGAGUGGCCCUCAAUACCCACAUACCAGCCUGGUUUGGUCCUGGAACUGGGUCCAUAUGGCUGAAUGAGGUGGAGUGUGAGGGGAACGAGACGUCCCUGUGGAACUGCAGAUUUCAGCUGUGUGAAGAGGGUGAAUGUGGACACCAGGAGGACGUAGGAGUCGUGUGCUCAGAGUUUAAAGAGAUCCGACUCACGGAGGGCUGUGAGGGGAAUCUGGAAGUGUUCUACAAUGGAACCUGGGGUAAUGUGUGUUACAACAAGAUGGAGAUGAAGUUAGAAACAGCAGAUAUGGUGUGUCGAGAGCUGAACUGUGGAAGAGGCGAGAGUUUGGACUCGGCCAGAGCGAGAGUCGAAUCUGCUCCUAACUGGAUGGAUCAUGUGAAAUGUAGGAAACACGACUCUAAUCUGUUGAAGUGUCCAUCUUCACCCUGGGGACAGAACAGAUGUGAUAAUGGUGAUGAGGUGGUUCAUAUUACCUGCACAGAGCACUGGUCUCUCAGGCUGAGUGGAGGAGAGGGAAGCUGCUCUGGGAGGUUGGAGGUGUAUCAUAACGCUACGUGGGGCUCCGUUUGUGAUGAUCAGUGGAACAUCAGGAACGCUCAGGUGGUGUGCAGACAGCUGGGCUGUGGGUCGGCGCUGAGUGCUGAUAGGAAUGUUAGUUCUGGUCCUGGUGAAAGGACUAUCUGGCUGAACAGAGUGAAGUGUCGAGGGGAUGAGAUUCACCUGUGGGACUGUCAUCAUUCCCUGAAGAAACACACUGACUGCUCUCCUGCUGGAGUCACCUGUGCAGAUAUUAGUUUGAAAGCUCAGACCCUAAACUGUAAUACACUGAUCAGCAGCUCAUAA